GCCGAAAAAGUUUUUGUGUUGCUUCAGAAGAAGUUGAGAGGUUGGACUGUGAGGAUCUCAGAUUCACGUAGCCUCAAGCCACAACCUAACAUUUUGCCAAGAAUCGGUCACUGAGGUUUUUAAAAAAAUAAGACGUAGACCAAAUGAAAUGAAAUACUGAACAAUCAAGCAAUCAAGCAUCUGCAAGAGCUUUGGGAAUGUUCAUCUGUGGGAGAAAAAACAUCUCGCCCCUUCAAAUUUGCGGCUUUCUUUUCUUAUUAAUGUUAUGCCUUGUGUCGUAUUAUUGGAAGAAAAGCCAAGAUUGGACGUUGAACAUGUCCACCGCGAAGCAAGAGGAAUCUCCUAGCAGUUUUUGCAAAGGCUGGCUCGCCAAGGAUACCAUCACCCCACUCCGGGAUAAACACACUUUUAUCAUCGCCCCUUAUUCUGACAGGCGGCAGGGAAAUUUCGUCCGCGUCCUGAGCAUCAUCCACCAUGAAAAGGUCAACAAACUUUACUGCCUCUUUUGCUGCGAGAACAGCCAUGAGAUUCAGACCGUACAAGGAGAAAUCGACCCGCACCAAGACCGCUUCAAUUUCCCCUACGUCACUGCGGAUGUGCUUUGUCUCCAGCCAGAAAACUGCCAUGCUCGCUUUAUCUCUGUCCACCCUGGGAAUCCAGAGCCGGAAUCAAGCUCCUUGCCCCUAUUCCCCAUCCGAAACCUCUAUCUGGAAAAACCCGCUCUGGAUUUCACGAUCUGCGUGUCCACCAUGUUUGGGAAAUACGAUAACGUCUUGCAGUUUGUGCAGUCCAUGGAGCUGUACAGGCUUCUGGGGGCCCAAAGAGUGACGAUAUACAAGAACAGUUGCAGCCCACUCAUGGAGAAAGUCCUGGAUUAUUACAUCUCUCAAGGCAUCGUGGAAAUUAUCCCUUGGCCCAUCGAUUCUUACCUGAACGUUUCCACCCACUGGCAUUACUCCAUGGAAAAGAAAGAUUUUGGCUACUACGGGCAACUUGCGACCCUGAACGACUGCGUUUACCACAACAUGUUUAAAAGCAGAUAUCUCUUGAUGAUUGACCCUGAUGAGCUCAUUCUUCCGGUGAAGGAUGCCGACUGGAAGUCCCUCAUGGAAAGAUUGGAAAAGGAACAUCCAGGAAUUGGGGUAUUUUUAUUCGAAAACUAUGUCUUCCGCCGGACAGUGUUCUCCAAGACUCCUUUCGACUUUUCGUCCUGGGCAACGGUGCCGGGGAUUAACGUCUUUGAACACAUUCACAGGGAACCCAAUGACAUUCACAGUUUCAAUAACAUGAAAAUGAUUCUGGAUCCAAGCAGAAUCAUUCAGACCUCGGUCCAUUCUGUCCUCAAGCAGAAUGGAAACUCCGUUAAAGUCCACUACAGCCUCGCCUUUAACUUCCACUGCAGGAUCCCCGAACGUAAGGAUCUGCCCGAUACAGACUUAAUUCGAAACCCAAUCUUCUGGAGAUACAACAAAACAUUGAUCCCAAAAGUUAACGAAGUCUUAUUUCAAACCGGUAUUUUGGGGGCCCGUGACCUGAAGCAGAAGGAAAAAAGUUGAUGCCUUCGUCAAGAACAUCGGUGUUUCUGUACAUGGCUGUGGGUGUGUAUGUGGGCAUGUGUGCACACUUACAUCUACACAUGAAAAUAGGAUAGCUUUCAGAUUCAGGUUAAUGUCAGGAUUCCAAAUAGCAUCCGAAAUUAAAUCAGAGUCCAAGGCAAAGUAUUAC